AUGGGAACGGAAUUGGGGAUGGGAGUCCUUAAAUCCCUGGAAUUUUUCGGGGCUGGAAUUUUUUGGGGUUGGAAUUUUUUGGGGCUGGAAUUUUUUGGGGCUGGAAUUUUUUGGGGUUGGAAUUUUUCGGGGCUGGAAUUUUUUGGGGCUGGAAUUUUUUGGGGUUAGAAAUUUUUUUUUUUUAUUUUUUUUUUUUUUGGGAUUUUCCAGGAUCCCGGAGGGGGCGAUGGAUCCGUGGGAGGAGGAGGAAGAGGAGGAGGAGGAGGAGGAGGAGCCGGAGCCGGAGGUGAUUUUCGGGGAUGAGGGGGAGGAAGAUCCCUACGAUCCCAACGGGAUCCAGGGAACCCCAGACUCGAACCUUCCCCUUCCGGACGACCCCGAAAUCGUGGAAUUAGAUCCCGGCAGCCUCUUCCCCAACCCCGACCUCUCGGAGCGGGAAACUUUACGUUGGACCGUGGUGCAACAAAUCGACCCGGGGACGUCGGGGAAAAGCGGGAAGAGGAGCCCGAAAUCCCAAAGUUUCUCCAACUUCAAGAGCAUCAUCGUCCUCCAGAAGAGCUACGAGUGCUCGGAGUGUGGGAAGAGCUUCAGCUGCUCUUCCCAUUUCUCCAAGCACCGCCGGACGCACACGGGGGAAAAACCGUUCCGGUGUUUCCACUGCGGGAAAAGCUUCAACGUCUCCUCCAACCUUUACCGGCACCAGCGCGGCCACGGCGGCGCCGAUCCGGCCGCGGAGAAACCCCGCGGUUUUCCUUAUCAGUGCCAGGAGUGCGGGAAGAGUUUCCGGCGGAAUAAGGAGCUGGCGACUCACCGGCGGCUCCACACCGGCGAUUUGCCUUUCCGAUGCGGCGAUUGCGGGAAAAGCUUUUCCUGGAGUUCCCACUGGCUCCGGCACCGGCGGAUUCACACCGGAGAGAAACCCUACGAGUGCCCGGAGUGCGGGAAGAGCUUUUCCAGGAGUUCCCAUCUCUACCGGCACCAACGCGGCCACGCCGGGGGUCGCUCCUACAUCUGCACCUACUGCGGGAGGAGUUUCGGCAGCAUCCUGCACUUCGAGCGGCACCAAGGGACUCACACCGGGGUGAGACCCUACAAAUGCUCCCUGUGCCGGAAAAGCUUCGGAGACGCCGCGGCUUUGGUGAAACACCAAGGGAUUCACCUCGGGGAAGGCCCUUUCCGCUGCGAGGAAUGCGGGAAAGGCUUCGGAGCGCGAUCCCAGUACGCCCGGCACCGGCGGGUUUCCCACGGCGGCGCCGGCGAGGAGAAGCCGUAUCGGUGCGGGGAUUGCGGGAAGAGUUUCUCCUGGAGCUCCCACUGGGAGCGGCACCAGCGGAUUCACACCGGGGAGAAACCCUACGAGUGCCCGGAGUGCGGGAAAAGCUUCGGGAGAACUUCCCACCUCUACCGGCACCAGCGGACGCACGCCGGGGGCCGCCCCCACGUCUGCGGGGAGUGCGGGAAGAGUUUUAAUUCCACCCUCCACUUCCAGAAGCAUCAGAGGGCGCACGGAGCCGGAUCCCGGAAAAGCUGCGGAGACUGCGGGAAAUCCUUCUCCGAUCCGUCGGCCUUGGCCAAGCACCGGAGGAUGCACGAGGAAGGGAAAAGAAUCGGGAAGUGCGCGGGGGAAGCGCAAAAAAUCGGGAAAUGCGCGGAGGAAUCCCAAAAAAUCGGGAAAUGUGUGGAGGAAUCACAAAAAAGCGGGAAAUGCCUGCGAGAAUCCCAAAAAUUUGGGAAGUGUGUGGCGGAGGAAACCCAAAAAAUUGGGAAAUGCACGGAGGAUUCCCAAAACAGUGGGAAAUGUGUGGCAGAAUCCCAAAAAAUUGGGAAGUGCACGGAGGAAUCACAAAAAAUAGGGAAAUGUGCAGAGGAAUCCCAAAAAAUUGGGAAAUGCCUGCGAGAAUCCCAAAAAUUUGGGAAAUGUACGGAGGAAUCCCAAAAAAUUGGGAAAUGCGCAGAGGAAUCCCAAAAAAUACAGAAAUGUGCGGAGGAAUCCCAAAAAAAUGGGAAAUGCGCAGAGGAAUCCCAAAAAAUUGGGAAAUGCACGGAAGAAUCACAAAAAAUUGGGAAAUGCGCAGAGGAAUCCCAAAAAAUCGGGAAUUGCGCAGAGGAAUCCCAAAAAAUCGGGAAUUGCGCCGUCGAUCCGGCAGCGUCCGCCAAAACCCGACGGAUCCGCGAGGAAUCGUCCCAAAAAACGGGGAAAUCCUCGGCCGAAUCCCAAAAAAUCUGUGGCGAGUGCGGGAAAUCCUUCCCGGAUCCGUCGGCCUUGGCCAAGCACCGACGGAUCCACGAUCCCGGCCGGAAUUCCGGGAUGGGAUCCCAGAUCCGGCGGCAGCUGCGGAGUCGCGGGAACGAGGAGGAAAUGCCGGAGGGGGGAGGGGGAGGCUCCACUGUAUCCGGGUCACGGCGGGAGCCGCCUCCAGCGGGACCGGGAGCGGGAGCGGGAUCCGGCUCGGAUUUGGGAUUUGGGGAUUUUGGGAGGAAUCUCCCAAAUUUUGGGGUGAGGAUGCAGGAGAAUUACGAGAACGUCAUUUCCUUGGCCGAGGAAAUCGCCAUCAGUUGGCCCCGGAUCACCGCGUUCGCCGAAUCCCACCGGAGACGGGGGCUGGUGUCAGCUACGGAAGCCGAGGGGGACCAGAACCACCCCGAGCCCCCCCCGGCGCCGGCGCCGCCCCCUCCCCCGGGGGGAUCCGGUGGUGGGGGAGGGGCGGUGCCGGAUCUGCGCCGGCAGCUGGGGCUGAUCCUCCAAACGGCCGGGAGGAGCCAGGUGGAGAAAAUGCUCCGGGAAUUGGUGCGGGAGCAAGGCCAGGCCGGAAAACGCCGGAGCCGGAGGAGGACGGCCAAAGACCAAGGUGCCGGCGCCGGCAGCGGCCCCGAGGACGAUCCGGCCCCUCCGGCAACCCAAGACCCUCCCCAAGCCCCACCCGAUCCCGACCUUUCCCUCGGGAAGAUCCGGAAAACGCCGGGGCCGUGCUCGGAAUGCGGCCAAAGCCCGGCCAAACCCCGGUGCCUCUCUGCGGAGAAGCCGCACCGCUGCGGCGACUGCGGCAAAGGCUUCAGCCGCGGCUCCAACCUGGCGCAGCACCGGCGCAUCCACACCGGCGAGCGGCCGCACCGCUGCGGCGACUGCGGCAAGGGAUUCAUCCAGCGCUCCGACCUGGAGCGCCACCGGCGCGUCCACACCGGCGAGCGGCCGUACCCCUGCGCCGACUGCGGCAAACGCUUCAGCGUCAGCUCCCACCUGGACCGGCACCGCCGAACCCACGCCGGCGGGCCGGGGCCGCCGCAGCGAGCCCGGGGGAAGGCGGCUGCGGCGGAGCCGGCGCCCUACGGGUGCUCGGAUUGCGGGAAGAGCUUCGGGCAGCGCUCGGCGCUGGCGAAGCACCGGAAAACGCACGCGGGCGAGCGGCCGCACCGCUGCGGCGACUGCGGCAAGAGCUUCAGCCGCGGCUCCAACCUGACGCAGCACCGGCGCAUCCACACCGGCGAGCGCCCCUUCGCCUGCGGCCACUGCGGGAAAGGAUUCAUCCAACGCUCCGACCUGGAGCGCCACCGGCGCGUCCACACCGGCGAGCGGCCGUACUCCUGUGCCGACUGCGGGAAAAGUUUCAGCGUCAGCUCCCACCUGGACCGGCACCGGAAAAUCCACGCGGCCGAACGCGCGUCCUACCGGUGUCCGGAGCACCUGGCCGGGUUUUUGGCGGCUCAGUGCAACGGGAGGCUCUUCCAGUGCGGGCAGUGCGGGCGGUGUUUCGGUCAGGGCGCGGCGUUGUUGAAGCAUCAACGCGCUCACGGCGGCGGCGCCGGCGGCGACGCGGCGCCGGUGGCGGUGAAGGUGGAGAAAUGCCUGGAUUGCGGGAACGGCCUGGGUUUGUGCCAGGAUUGCGGGAGGGAAGCGGGAGCGGCGCCGGAGAAGCCGCACGAGUGCCAGGAGUGCGGGAAAAGCUUCGGGCAGCGCUCGGCGUUGGUGAAACACCGGCGGAUUCACACCGGGGAGAAACCCUACAAAUGCCAGGAUUGUCCCAAAGGCUUCAUCCAAAAAUCCGACCUCACCAUCCACCGCCGGAUGCACACGGGGGAAAAACCCUACAAGUGCCAGGAGUGCGGGAAAUGUUUCAGCGUCUCCUCCAACCUCUUGACCCACCAGCGAACCCACCUGGGGGAAAAACCCUUCCAGUGCUCGGAGUGCGGGAAAAGCUUCAUCCAACGCUCCGAGCUCACCAUCCAUCGCCGCGUCCACACCGGAGAGAAACCCUACAAGUGUCCGGAGUGCGGGAAAUGCUUCAGCCGCAGCUCCCACCUCAACCGGCACCAGCGCACCCACGCCGGCGACAAGGCCGGACGCGCCAAAGCCGCCGCGGUUUCGGCGGCUUCGUCUUCUUCGUCUUCGUCGGCGUCUUCGUCGUCCUCGCGGGCGGUUCCGGCUCCGGCGGUUCCCGGGGGUUUGGCUUUCCCGGCGUUCCCGGGCUCCUCGGCCGUGCCGGCGGCGUUGGAGCUGCCCUGGGCGUUGGCGUUGCCGGGCCGGGCGUUCCCGGGUUUUCCGGCGGGUUCGGUGGGUAAUUAGUGGAGGGGUUAAUUGGGGUGGGUGGUAAUUAGGGUUGGGUUUGGUCGUUAAUUAAGUGGGGGGAUGGGGGCUUCCCAGCGUUCCGUGGUUCCCGGCGUUCCCAGUGCUCCCAGUGCCCAACUGGGAUCAAAGAUCCAACGUUGGGAUUGGUCCCAACUCGUUCCCAUGGCUAAUUAACAAUCUCUAAUUAAUCAGGGGUGAAUCCGUUCAUUAAUUCAUUCAUUAAGUGAGGAAUUCCCAUCAUUCCAUGAUUCCCGCCAUUCCCAGUGCUCCCAGUGCCCAACUGGGAUUGGUUGACCCCAAGACUCAAUGUUGGGAUUGGUCCCAAUUAAUUCCCAUAACUAAUUAACAAUCUCUAAUUAAUCAGGGGUGAAUCCAUUCAUUAAUUCAUUAAUUAAGUGAGGAAUUCCCAUCAUUCCAUGGUUCCCAGCAUUCCCAGUGCUCCCAGUGCCCAACUGGGAUUGCCCAACCCAACACUGGGGGCUCUUCCCAACCCUCCAAAAAUUCUUCAAUUUGGGGAAAAAAAAACCCAAAAAAUUUGGGAAAACCCAGCGGAAAUUUGGGAAAAACACUGAAAUCUGGGAAACCAGCCCAAAAUUGGGGAAAAAAUUCAAAAUUCCAGGGAAUAAACCUGGAAAGUUGGGAAAAAAUGGAAAAAAUUCCAGGAAAAGCCUUGGAAUUUGAGUAAAAACCUGAAAGUUUGGGGGAAAAAAUUGGGAAAAUUUGUGGGAAAAUUAGAAUUUAGGGGAAAACAUAAAAAUUUGGGAAAAAAAUUCCCAAGUUUGGGUCUCGAAUGCCACCGAAUGUGAGUUUAGGAGGAAAAACCGGAUUUUCCUUUGGAUUUUCCAGGUUUUUCCCAAAAAACGGGAGCGGACUCGAGCUUUUUUUAACUUUUUUUGUUUUUUGGGUUUUUUUUAAGGAAAUAAUGGAAUUUUUUUGGUUUUUUGUUACUUUUGUGACUUUGUAUUUUCCGUGUCGGGUCAAUAAAAAUCCGACUUGGGCUGAAAAUGCCAAAAAAUUGGGAUUUUUCCAUUUUUUUUUUCUCCUCCCCCCAAAAAUUUUAGGGAUUGAAUUCCCAAAAAAUUGGGAA